AUGCAUUCGCUGCUUGUUUGUGUUUCAGCGCUUUGGUUUUGUCAGUUUUGCGAAGCGGCGAUUGGAAGUCAACUCUGCAAGGAUUGUCGGAUGAAUGUGAUAUAUCCUGAUGGGGGUAAAGGCAACCAGCACUUGUCAGAAAACCGUCAAAUAGUUCGAAUCAUCAACAAAUACAAGCGAAUCAGAAGACAGGAGCUGGAAUAUCGAGAUGAGAUCGGGCUGCGUAGCUUGCAGUCAAAAAAGUUCAACUUUAUAGCGAAGGUAAAGGUGGGAAAUGCGGUACGAUGCAGUGCAGCCUUGGUGGCUCCAAGUUUGGCGAUCACCUCCAGUAAUUGCUUUAUAAAUGACUCCUCUAAGCCGCUGCAAAUUAUCUUCACCGGCGGAAGAAGUUUCGCUGUGGAUAAUGUAGUGAAACCGGAUUUCUGUCCUGAACUUAGCGUGCUCCAUUUGACAAGACCCUCUGAAAUAAAUCCAAUUGCCCUUUGCCAUUAUGACCUACCUUUGGGCACAAAGGUAUCAAUGAUGAUGGCCAGUCCGGAUCUCAUCUAUUACGGCCGUCGGAGAACUGAAAUAAUCUCAAAUCGCGCCUGCAAGACAACAUUCCUAGAAGAGGAUUCCGUUUUCAUAACUUCCAGUAUGCUGUGUGCAAGAAACUCUAAAAAUCCGGAAAAGUGUGCCACUUCUCCUGGUGAUGCCUUACUUAUAGACCAUCAAUUAUGUGGCUUAAACAUUUAUGGAUUUCGUUGUUUUCAAAAUGCAGUCAAUGGCGAUCUCUACUUAAGCCUAAGCAAACUGCAGCCCAUGAUCGGCGAUUUGAUCCGGCAACUUAAUGGUUAA